GCAAGGAGUAGGUAGAAGGUGCACAAUGACACUCUGCAAUUUGUUUGUUCUCUUGUUAGCAUUUCAGAUUUUCCCUACAGCUGAGAGUUCUAUGGUGAAACUUGUUGAUGGAGGUUAUGAAAACCUAGUUAUUGCAAUUCAUCCCGGACUAAAAGAAGAUAUAAAGAUUAUAGAAAAAAUUCAGGAUAUGGUGAAAGAAGCCACAAAUUAUUUGUUUAAUGCUACAAAGAAAAGGCUUUUCAUCAGAAGUGCAAAAAUACUGAUUCCUUUGACUUGGCCGAGAAAGAACUAUACCAAGCGUCAAAGUGAAUCAUUUGAUAAGGCCGAUGUUAUCAUUGCUACCCCGUACCUGAAAUAUGGAGACGACCCAUACACUUUGCAAUAUGGAGGCUGUGGGGAGCCAGGAAGAUACAUCCAUUUUACACCUAAAUUUUUACUUGAUGAUCGUCUGCUCUCCGUUUACGGCCCCAGAGGCAGAGUAUUUGUCCAUGAGUGGGCUCACCUCCGAUGGGGAGUCUUUGAUGAAUAUAACUAUGAAAAACCCUAUUAUAUAUCAGGGGACCUUAAAGUUGAAGCAACAAGAUGUUCUACUGAUAUUUUGGGUAUAAACAUAAAGAACCGUGAUCAGUGCCAAGGCAGUUCCUGCCGUGUAAAACCAUGCUACUUUGAUCCCAACACAGGACUUUAUGAAGAGGGCUGUGUUUUUGUGCCUGUAAAGGAACAACUGGUCAAUGCAUCCAUUAUGUAUUUGCAGGCGCUCCCCUCUGUGUCCGAGUUCUGCGAUGCAAGUAACCAUAACAUUGAAGCUCCGACACUACAAAAUCGAAUGUGUGAUUCUCGCAGCACAUGGGAAGUCAUCAUGAAUUCCACAGAUAUAAGCAACACUGUGCCAAUGAAUCAUAGCAAUAUUCCAGUUCCUUCCUUUUCACUCCUCCAAUACAGAGACAGGGUGGUCACACUAGUGCUUGAUGUUUCAGGAAGCAUGAUUGGUACUCGUAUUCAGCUACUGUAUCAGGCAGCAGAGGUGUUUCUCGUACAAAUCAUUGAAUCCGGCUCCCGUGUUGGAAUUGUAAAUUUUUCAACCAGUGCAUCCAUCCUUUCACAUCUAGUUCAAGUAAUUAGCGAAGUACAGCGAGAAAAACUCAAAUCAUUACUUCCAAAAACUGCAAAUGGUGGAACUAAUAUAUGUGCUGGGAUCCUUUCUGGCAUUGAGGUAAAUAAGGAGCUUGAUGGAUCCUCAAUUGGCACAGAAAUAUUGUUACUAUCGGAUGGAGAAGAUAAUUUUGAUACCAGCCUUUGCUUCCAUGAAAUACUAGAAAGUGGAGUAAUACUUCAUUUCAUUGCCCUGGGACCAUCUGCAACAAGUUCACUUAACAAUAUAAUAGUUAACACAGGGGGAUUGACUUUUUCGGCAUCAGGUAAAUUGGACACUAAUGGGUUGAUUGAUGCAUUCAGUGGCGUUUCUGAUGGAAAUGGUGAUAUUUCUCAGCAAGCUAUACAGCUGGAGAGCAUUGGAAAAUCUCUUGCUGUGAAACAAUGUCUAAAUGGCACCGUUUUCAUUGACAGCACAGUUGGGAACGAUACAUUCUUCCUGGUUACAUGGCAAUCUGCAGUCCCAAUGAUAAUUUUACAAGAUCCCAAAGGAACAGUAUACAAUGAUUCACAGUUCAUCAGUGACACAACUUCUAAAUCUUCCAGGCUGCAAAUCCCAGGAACUGCAGAGAGUGGAGCUUGGCUUUACAGUCUUUGCAAUACUUUAACAUCGCCUCAGGUGGUUGGUUUGGUUGUGAACUCAAUGGCAGUUGAUGUAGACAUACCCCCAGUUACUGUAAGCGCCCACAUGAACACGAACACAAACGCUUACCCAAAUCCAAUGGUCGUAUAUGCAUCAGUAAGUCAGGGGUUUCUUCCUGUGAAAGGAGCCAAGGUCACAGCGAUUAUUGAAUCAGCAGCUGGAGUUUCAGAUGUCCUAGAGCUUCUGGACAAUGGAGCAGGUGCUGACAUUGCAAAGAAUGAUGGUAUCUACUCAAAGUACUUCACUGCUUUCAAGACAAAUGGUCGAUACAGCUUGAAAGUGCGUGUUGAGGGUACGAAGUCUAAAACCCGUCUGGCCAUUCCUGCAAGUCGAGCUCUAUAUUUACCCGGAUUUCUAGAAAAUGGCACGGUCAACAUGAACCCUUCACAACCUGUGUUUAACAAUGAUGACCUUUAUGUUGGAGCAUUUAGUAGGACAGCUUCAGGUGGCUCAUUUGAAGUAUCUAGUGUACCUCCAGGUACCCAACCUGACAUAUUUAAACCUCAGAAAAUAACAGAUCUGGAUGCCAAAAUAGUAGGAGAUGAAAUUACACUAUCAUGGACUGCAACAGGGGAUGAUCUGGAUCAAGGAAAUGCUUCAAGUUAUGACAUCCGAAUGAGCCUCAAUCCUCUAAGCCUCAGAUACAACUUCAGUGACUGCACUUCAAUUAACACUUCAAGUUUGACACCUCAGCCAGCUGGAUCCAGCGAAACAUUUACAUUCAAACCUGACAAUGUCGUCAUAGCAAAUGGAACGAUACUUUAUUUUGCUAUAGUUGCUACUGAUAAGGUUUCACAGCAAUCAGACCCAUCUAACAUAGCACAGGCUGCUCUUCUUAUUCCUCCACCAACCACCACCACCACAACAACCUCCUCCACAACAAUCACACCACAUCAUGAUGAAAAAAACGAAGUAACAGACUCUGAAAGCGAGCACUCUGAAAGCGAGCACUCUGAAAGCGAGCACUCUGAAAGCGAGCACUCUGAAAGCGAGGAACUGAAUGGAGGAAUAAUUGCAGCUAUAGUAUGUGGGUCUGUAAUCAUAAUUUGUAUUAUUCUAUGCAUUACUCUCUGCGUUGUAAAAUGCAUACUUAGUAGAAGAAACUAAUGCAAAAUGCUAAAAAAACACAUUUUUUUCUAUUUGAUACCUGUCCUGCAAAAAUGUAUAAUAAAGUAUAUAAGAAAGAAUUUAUGAAUAUAAAUAAAGAAAUAUGUUAAUUGUAA